ACGAUACGUGAACAUGUUUCAUUUUCUUUUAAAAAUUUUUCUGGUCCUCGUCGGUCCAUUUACGAUCUAUGCGGGCGCUCCGACACGAUCAUUAUUCCGAAAUGAAAAGUACUAUCACAAGCCAAUUACGUUAUCAAGAACUCAGAUGCACAGAUUGUCGGAUCUGUCAAAUGUCUCUCACAUGGACGAGGUUUUAGAUAACAUAUGUGUAGUGAGGAUCGUCGGUACUCCGGAACACACAAAUGUAAAAAAUUACAUCAAGAAGUCAAUGCAAGAACUUGAUUGGAAAGUAGAAUCUGAUGUUUUCAAAGAAGACACACCUACUUUCGGUUCAUUAGAAUUUGAAAAUAUAAUUGCCAAAUUGAACCCUAAUGCACGAAGGUACUUGGCAAUAGCUUGCCAUUAUGAUUCAAAAUAUACUAGAGAAAGAAAUUUUAUCGGUGCCACGGAUAGUGCAGUACCAUGUGCUCAAAUAAUCAAUCUCGCUAAAGUCAUGAAGGAUCAUCUGAACUCUGUGAAACAAAAUGACAUUAGUCUGAUGUUUAUAUUCUUUGACGGUGAAGAAGCAUUUAAAGAAUGGGGCCCAAAAGAUUCCAUCUAUGGUGCAAGACACUUAGCUCAGAUUUGGAACAACAAUUACACCACUUAUGAAAAUGGAGAAAAUAUUUCUGAUUUAGAUAAACUUGACAUAUUAGUUCUUUUGGAUUUAAUAGGUGCUCCAGAUCCAACAUUUUAUAAUUAUUUCAGUAACACAGAAAAAUGGUACUCUUUAUUAAUGGCUAUUGAAACUAAGUUAGCCAGUUCCAGAAAGUUUGAAUCAUACUCUUACGGGCAACCAGCUCAAAGAUAUUUUCAACCAUAUUCUAUGGAAGCUAACAUCGAGGAUGAUCACAUUCCAUUUUUACGAAAAGACAUUCCAAUCUUACACAUGAUACCGUAUCCUUUUCCACCAUUUUGGCAUAAAUCAGGUGAUAAUCGUGACAACAUAGAUUUAAAAACUACAGAAAAUAUUAAUAAAAUCCUAAGGGCUUUUGUGGCUUCGUAUUUACAUAUUAAUAUCCAAUGA